UCUUCGUAUAACCCCUUUAGUUGAUAAAUAUUUCCACUUCUUUUCUUCCUCCUGCUUACAUCUUUUCCCCAAAGUUAUAAGAUGGCUCAAUUAAUUGACGGUAAGGCCGUUGCAUUGGAACUUCGUACCAAGAUUCAUGCUGAUAUCCAAGAAUUUCAAACCAAACAUGCUGACUUUAAACCAAACUUAGCCAUUAUUCAAGUUGGUGAAAGACCAGACUCUUCCACUUACGUGAGAAUGAAAUUAAAGGCUGCACAAGAAGCAUCUAUUGAUUGCAAUAUCAUCAAAUUACCCGAAUCCAUCACUGAAUUCGAGCUUUUGAACCAAAUCAGUCGUUUGAAUAACGAUGUUGAGGUUGACGGGAUUUUAAUCCAAUUACCUAUUCCAGGCCAUUUGAAUGAAACUAAAAUCACCAGUGCGGUUAACGCCGAUAAAGACGUGGACGGGUUUGGUCCUUUCAACGUUGGUGAAUUGAGUAAAAAAGGUGGUGAACCUCUUUUCUUACCUUGUACUCCAAAAGGUAUUAUUCAACUAUUAGAAUCUUCUAACGUUACUAUUGCUGGUUCAAAUGCCGUUGUUCUUGGUAGAUCCGAUAUCGUUGGUAAGCCAAUGGCUAACUUAUUAACCAAAGCCAACGCUUCGGUUACUGUUUUACAUUCUCAAACUCCUUCGGAACAAUUGAAAACUUUCUUGAGUUUUGCUGAUAUUGUUAUUGUUGCCAUUGGUAAAGCUAAUUUCGUUCAAGGUGAUUGGUUGAAACAAGGUAGUGUUAUUAUUGAUGUUGGGGCUAAUUUCGUUGAAGAUUCAACUAAAAAAUCCGGUUCAAGAAUGGUUGGUGAUGUCGACUUUGAAAGUGCUAAAGCAAAAGCUUCUUUAAUCACCCCGGUGCCAGGUGGGGUUGGUCCAAUGACUGUUGCCAAUUUAUUGGAUAACGUUGUCAUUGCAGCUCAAAGACAUUAUAAACAAAAUAAUGAAACUCCAAAAUUUACUAAUCCUUUAAAAUUAUCUUUACAAAAACCAGUUCCUUCUGAUUAUGAAAUUUCUCGUGCUCAACAACCUAAGAAAAUCGAUCAAGUUGCUUUAGAAGCCGGCAUCUUAGAAAGUGAAUUAGAAUUAUUUGGUUCUUAUAAAGCUAAAGUUUCUUUAGAUUUAUUAAACCGUUUGGAAAAUAAACAAAAUGGUAAAUACGUUUUGGUUACUGGUAUUACUCCAACUCCUUUGGGUGAAGGUAAAUCAACUACCACCGUUGGGUUAGCCCAAGCUUUGGGUGCUCAUUUAGGUAAAAACGUUUUCGCUAACGUUAGACAACCUUCCAUGGGUCCUACUUUUGGUAUUAAAGGUGGUGCCGCUGGUGGUGGUUAUUCUCAAGUUAUUCCUAUGGAUGAAUUCAAUAUGCACGUUACUGGUGAUAUCCAUGCUAUUUCAAUGGCUAAUAAUUUAUUAGCUGCUGCCAUUGAUACUCGUAUUUUCCAUGAAAAAACUCAAAAAGAUGGUCCAUUAUAUAAACGUUUAGUUCCAAGUAAAAAAGGUACUAGAAAAUUUCCAACUUGUCAUUUGAAAAGAUUAGAAAAAUUAAGUAUCAAUAAAACUAAUCCUGAUGAUUUAACUGAAGAAGAAAUUAGUAAAUUUGUUAGAUUGGAUAUUGAUGAAGAUACCAUUACUUGGAGAAGAGUUGUUGAUUGUAAUGAUCGUUAUUUAAGAGGAGUUACCAUUGGUGAAGCUCCAACUGAACGUGGAUUUACUAGAAAAACUGGAUUUGAUAUUUCAGUUGCAUCCGAAUGUAUGGCUAUUUUAGCCUUAGCUAAUUCUUUACAAGAUUUACGUGAAAGAUUAGGUAAAAUGGUUGUUGCUUCUUCUAAAGCUGGUGUUCCAAUUACUUGUGAAGAUAUUGGUUGUGCUGGUGCUUUAACUGCUUUAUUGAAAGAUGCUAUCAAACCAAAUAUUAUGCAAACUUUAGAAGGUACUCCAGUUUUCGUUCAUGCUGGUCCAUUUGCUAAUAUUUCAAUUGGUGCUUCAUCAAUUUUAGCCGAUAAAAUGGCAUUAAAGUUGGCCGGUACUUCUCCUGAUUUAACUGAAGAAGAAAAACAAGAACAAGAAGGUUAUGUUGUUACUGAAGCUGGUUUUGAUUUUACCAUGGGUGGUGAAAGAUUUAUCAAUAUUAAAUCAAGAGCAAGUGGAUUAGCACCCGACGUUAUUGUUAUUGUUGCCACUGUUCGUGCAUUGAAAGUUCACGGUGGAGGACCAGAAGUUAAAGCCGGUGCAGCAUUAGCACCAGAAUACACUCAAGAAAAUGUUGAAUUAUUACAAAAAGGAUGUUCUAACUUAGCUAAACAUAUUUCAAAUGCAAAAGAAUAUGGAUUACCAGUUGUUGUUGCAAUUAACAAGAUGUCCUCUGAUUCUGAUAAAGAACACGAAAUUAUCAGACAAGAAUCAUUAAAAGCAGGUGCCAUUGAUGCUAUUGUUUCUAAUCACUGGGAAGAAGGUGGAUUAGGAGCAGUCGAAUUAGCCAAAGGAGUUAUUAAUGCAUCUAAUUCAAUUGAUAAAGAUUUUAGAUUUUUAUACGAAACUUCUAAUGAACAAUCAGUUGAACAAAGAAUUGAAACUAUUGCUAAAAAAAUGUAUGGAGCUGGUGAAGUUGAAUUUUUACCAGAAGCUCAAAAGAAAAUUGAUACUUACACAAGACAAGGUUUUGGUAAUUUACCAAUUUGUAUUGCUAAAACUCAAUAUUCAUUAUCUCACGAUGCUGCUUUGAAAGGGGUACCAAUUGGUUUUAAAUUCCCAAUUAGAGAUGUUAGAGCAUCAAUUGGUGCUGGUUAUUUAUAUGCUUUAGCCGCAGAAAUUCAAACCAUUCCUGGUUUACCAACCCAUUGUGGAUUUAUGAAUGUUGAAGUUAAUGACGAAGGUGAAAUUGAAGGUUUAUUCUAAGUCAUUCUUUGAUAUUAAUUUUAUGAAGUUCAACACUUUAUGAUGUUACGAAAUAUAUACUGUUUUAUUUGCUUCACUUCUCUACGUUUUACAUAGUUUUCAAC